AGAACACCGCAAUCUUCUCUUCUUUUCUUGCACAACGAUCUCUUCUUAUAAUCUCCCUUCAUAGAGAUUCUCUUCUUCUAAUCUCCUCCGAUUAUCCCUCUCGAUUCCCCCUUCUAGUUCUUCUUUAGCCUAAAGUUUAAGAGUAGAGAUCACUAGUCUUCUUCUGAUCUUCUUCAAUUUCCUUCUCUGAUUCACCGCCAAUUGAAACCAAAGUGAGAAUAGCACUGAUUUUGAGAGGCAUCGUAGCAUUUAAGGAAGGAUGAGCUGUGUUCAGGCUAAUCUAUGCAUUAAGUCUAAUGGACGAAUGAUAAAUCAAAUGAAUGUCAGACAUGUGUUACAAUUGCGCUGCCCUCCUUCCAAUCCAUUUAUUCUACCAAUCCGUGCCAAUCAUCUUGCUAGAACUUCAGUAAAACUUUCAGCUGCUGCAUCACCUUUUUAUCACUUUACACCUCUUUUAGGACAGGAUAAAGACAUCCGCAUGUCAAAGUUUCAUAAACGAUCUCAUGUUUGUGCGCUAGGUGGCAAUGAUAACCCUGCAAUUGAUAAUGAGUGAAGGAAAUCAGAGACUAAUGUGCUAAAAUGGAGGCAACAUGAUGAUAUGGAGAGGAUAAUAUGCUAAUGAAAAUUUUGGCUUGUAAAGUAUAAUUUUUGUGUACUUGGUCAGGAAUAUCAAAUUUGUUAUUCUAACAUUUUUUUUUUUUUAACUUUUAAUAAGGGAUCACCUUGGAAAGCUACUGAGAAAGCUCAAGGAAAUUUUGAGAAAGAAAGUCCAAUUUUGGAUGUCUUAAAGGAUCAAAUGCAGAAAAAGGAAUAUUAUGAUGGGGGCAAAGGCAGCAGUAAUCCACCACGCGGUAGAGGAGGUGGUGGUGGCGGCAGUGGCAAUGAUCAAGGACCAGAGGAUGAAAGCCUCUCUGGGGUUGUGGAUGAGACCAUGAAAGUGGUCUUAGCAACUAUUGGCAUUAUUGUCCUGUAUGCAUGCGUCAUCAAUGGUGAGGAAUAUUUACUACUAAUGAGAGAUUAUAUAACGUUUCUUUCUUGUGGAAACAAGAGUACGCGUUUGAUUCAAGUCAUGGACAAGUGGAGAAGGUUCUAUGAAAAGUUAACAGAGAAGAAGGUGUAUGAUAAAUAUUGGUUGGAGAAAGCUAUUAUCAGUGUACGUACAAUGUAUAUGAGGGUCCUCCGGUCAUCUUUAACGCCAAAUUCUGAUGACUCAUCUUAGUUUUGUUCAAAUUGCCCAAUUUUCUUCCAACACAGAAACAAGAGUUUACAGGCUGUUCGUUAAAAAAAUAUUGAUUAGAGGUUAGUUCCGUUGUUACAUUCCCCUGUUCUCUUUCAACACAGACUAGAGUUUGUGUUAAUUAUGAAACAACCUCUGAUGCCUUUGAAAUUGGUACAUUGCUUAAUCAUUGAUAAUGCUGGGUGGUUUAGGACCCAGUUGAAUGAUCGUG